AAAAAAACGCGUAUAUAUAGGAGUUCCAUCGCAGGCUUGAUCAUUUCUCGAUCAGAAUUCCAUCCCUGGAUUAAAAAUUACGUGGACAAACAGACACCAUCAACAUACAACAAUGAAGACAGCUGUAUUGUUUCUGGCUUUGAUGCCAUUCGUGUUCUCGGCUCAUGUUGUGCAGGACAGAUUCAUUGAAUCUCUACUCGGCGGAUACGACAUCCUAGAUUUGGCCAAGCAGCUCCUUGGUCAGUUCGGUACAGACGAAACCGAGGCGCAAUGUGAGGCGCAAUUUUGCCCAGAGCUCGUCAACAAAAUUGACGGACACAACCCCCUCAUCACAAGCCUGGUGUGUGCUGCUGUCUGCAAAGAGGCUCAAAUCCUUGCACAAAACUACGUUUCAACCGCUCCACCACUUGGUCAGGAUACGACAACAGCUGCAGCGAAAUAGAGGUUCACACCAGGGCAGCAAACCCAUUUCUAUGUGAUAAUGAUUAUCAUGAGCAUCGGUCAAUAAAAUUUCAAGAAUUGAAAAA